AUGUCGUCCGGCAAGGAAUUGGAAGCACCUCACACCCUGGCAUCGCUGCCAAAGCCCAUCGACCCCGUAAACGGCCGCACUCUCGCCUCCACUGUCUACAGCUUGAGCGCCGCCCGGAAGAGGAAGAGGUCUGAGCUUGCUGUCAGCGUUGAUGGAGACGGCAUCAGCCUGAUUGACGUCCAAGCACCACGCUUAAUCACCUCAUAUGCCCUUCCUCCCCAGUCCUCAUUCACCGCCCCGCCUUUCUCCGUAUACUUGAAGGCAAACAAACAACGUCUCGCAAAACGAUUCACCUAUGCGACGGUCAAGGAGAGCUCCGGUAGCUCGAGGCAACAGAUCCUGUGUUUCUCCGAAGAAGUCCAUCCCACGCCUACGGGAAACCCCGAUAAGACUGCUUACACCAUACCACCCUCGUCCGGCAAAGUGUUCUCGAUUGACGCGCUCUCAUUGAAGUCUUCUGGCAGCACUAGCGAAGACACCCACGACAUUGUCGUCCUUUUCGAGAAUGGCCAAGUCGAUUGCCUCUCCGCAAACCUCCAAACUGUGAAGUGGUCGACGAACGUCCUGGAUUCGUCAGACAAGAUAGUCGAGUUUUCCGCAUACACCGAUGCGGCUACGGCAAAACGCGGCCUUUUCAAGAGCCGCGAAGACGCUAUCGCUGCGCUUGACCCUGCCGGCGAUGCCGACUCAGAGACUCUCUCUGCAACUACUUUGCUGUGCUUGGUUACGCGUCCUGCUGAUGAGGAAUCUUUCCGCGCGCAUGGCCGCAGCUUGCACGUCUGUGCUGUUCGCCCGAAGUCUACUGGCGGCAUUACCAUCAACAAGCCCACCAUCCAGGCUUUGCUCACGCUCAGCCUCCCUCGCUCUCACAUCGACUCGCAAGCGGACGUCCAACCUUCUUACUCGCUCCAUGUGUCAUCCGGCCUUCUCUAUCAGCUUGCUUCUGGUUCGAUUGUUACCUACGACUUCUCCACCACUGUCCCCCAGCUCAAGUCUGAGUUGACUGUGCCCGGCACACCUCUCCAAAACUUUGUUCGCGUUUCAUCGUCCCUUCUCAUGGCUGCAUCUCCUAUUUCUUGCGCCCUAUACGAUGUCAAGUACAACUCUGUGCAAGCUAUCUUGCCCCUUGGCUCCGACAAGAACGAAGACUCUCAAAGCAGGAAGCGAAAGCAACCUAAACUACUGGACGCGCAAUCCCCCUUGGUCCUUCUGCAUUAUGUAGCUGAGCUCGGUCUUGUAGUCGGCUUGGCAAAAGACGAACUCAUCGGGCUCCAAGUUGGUUCUGAGGUUUCUUCGAAGCGGAGUAAGGUUCGGGGCGGCCUUUUGAUUGACGCCAUUGGAAAGGGUGUUGGACGCAAGCCUGCAAAUUUGGAUGCGCCGGUGAACGGUUCUCAUCCGCUAGGCGUUUGCCUACUCAAUCCUGCAGACACGUCGAGUAAAGCAUGGCAUCGUACGCGCAAGCAGCUGGACGAGUUUAUCAAGGCCGAGGACUUGAAGAAUUUUGAGGAGACCUUUGCGCAGGAGGUUAGCAUCCAGCUUAAAGGGAAGAGCACGGAGGAAGAGCAGACCAAUGGAGCCAAAGACGUCGACAUGGCCGACGUAUCCAAGACGGAAGAGUCGAAGGCGAAUGGGGUUGCCGACGAAGAGGACGACCAGGCUCUUCCGGAGUGGGAUUUCCCUAACACUCCGUGGGAUGUCAACUUACAGACCAAACGUCACAAAGCUGUCUACCUGCUGAGUAAGGUCUUUGACUUUUCAUCAGCUAAAAGAGAGAUAAUAGCCCACGAUCUGCCGAACACUCCCUUGAGGAUACGAUUCUUCCCGCCCAAUGCGUUCCAAUGGCUGAUCUGGACGGGUUUCCUUACGACUGAUAUGAUCCGACAAGCCAUGCGCCAGGAGUCUACUGGUCUGCAAACGAUUUCACCUGCGAAUGUUAUCGCCUCCAUCCUCAACUUUGAUCCUGGAAUGCAGCUGCUUUGCGACGUUCUCCGGGAUCAUCCUGGCCUUGACGUUGACCUUGUUGUUCAGGCCAUCAAGGCUUUGGUGAACAGCCUUGAGACGGAAUCUUUCCCGGAGAUAAAGGGGCAGCUUACCAAUCGCCCCGAGCAGAGCGAGAGUAGAGAUGAGGAGUCAGCAGAUAUAGAAUUCGACGCCGAAGCCGACGCAGCAGCAUGGGCACUCGCGCGAGCCGAAUCAUUCGUCGAUUCCGGCAUCCUCAUCCGCAGCCACUCCUUACUCGAGGCCUUGACGAAGCUCCACACCUUCCCCGCUCCUCUUGUCUCGCAGACUCUCCGCAAAUCUCUCACGCACAAGGAGAUUAUCUUCCUCAUCAAUAUUCUCCGUCUGGAGCUCCACGAGGGAGGCUGGAUCAACACCUAUCUACAAGACGGCCCACACGAUUCCGCCGAGUUUGGCGAUCCUUCUGACCGCGCCAUCGCCAUCAUCGCUGACCUACUUGGUUGCGCACUGGAUGCCAUCGGUGCCGGCGGCUGGCUCACUUCCGGAAACGACGCUAAGGCCGACACAAUCCAGGCCUUGCGCAUGGAAGUUUCGGCCGCGCUCGAAGGCAUUCACGAGGCCGCGUUCAUGAAAGGCUUGCUGAACGAUUUCCUGCGCUUCGGCUGGAAGCGGAAGACAGUGCAGCAAGGCCCUAGCGAGAAGAGGUUGAAGGAGAAGGGCAAGCCGUUCACACUCACACAAACGGAUGCCGCCGAGGCGAGAAUCUUGCCACUGGGCUUCAAGGUGGAGGGCAGGGUUCCAGAGUCGAAGGUGGGCUUCAAUGGCGAGGUGAAGGCGUUGACGAGGAGAGAAAUUGGUCACAAGAUCAGCAGGAGGGUUGGCAAGUAUAGUUUCGAGAAGAUUGAGGUGUAA